AUGGCCGCCGCUAUCACCGACAUGGCCGACCUGGAGGAGCUCUCCCGCCUGAGCCCUCUGCCCCCCGGCAGCCCAGGGCCGGCGGCGCGGGGCCGGGCUGAGCCCCCCGAGGAGGAGGAGGAGGACGAGGAGGAGGAGGAGGAGGUCGAGGCCGAGGCGGUGGCGGCGCUGCUGCUGAACGGCGGCGGCGGGGGCGGCGGCGGCGGCGGAGUGGGGGGCGGCGAGGCGGAGACGAUGUCGGAGCCGAGCCCCGAGAGCGCCAGCCAGGCUGGGGAGGACGAGGACGAGGACGAGGAGGAGGAGGAGGAGGAGGACGAGAGCAGCAGCAGCGGCGGGGGCGAGGAGGAGAGCAGCGCCGAGAGCCUGGUGGGCAGCAGCGGCGGGAGCAGCAGCGACGAGACGCGCUCGCUGAGCCCCGGUGCCGCCAGCAGCAGCAGCGGGGAUGGGGACGGCAAGGAGGGCCUGGAGGAGCCCAAGGGACUGCGGGGCAGCCAGGGCGGCGGCGGGGGCGGCAGCAGUAGCAGCAGCGUCGUCUCCAGCGGCGGCGACGAGGGCUACGGGACCGGGGGAGGCGGAAGCAGCGCGACCUCCGGGGGCCGGCGAGGCAGCCUGGAGAUGUCGUCGGACGGGGAGCCUCUGAGCCGCAUGGACUCGGAGGACAGCAUAAGCAGUACUAUAAUGGAUGUAGACAGCACAAUUUCCAGUGGGCGUUCAACUCCAGCAAUGAUGAAUGGACAAGGAAGCACUACUUCUUCAAGCAAAAAUAUUGCCUAUAAUUGUUGUUGGGACCAGUGCCAGGCUUGCUUCAACUCUAGCCCAGAUCUGGCAGAUCACAUCCGUUCCAUACAUGUAGAUGGUCAGCGAGGAGGGGUAUUUGUUUGCUUAUGGAAAGGUUGCAAAGUAUAUAACACUCCAUCAACCAGUCAAAGUUGGCUACAGAGGCACAUGCUGACGCACAGUGGAGACAAACCUUUCAAGUGUGUUGUUGGCGGCUGCAAUGCCAGCUUUGCUUCUCAGGGAGGGCUAGCUCGCCAUGUACCCACACACUUCAGUCAGCAGAACUCCUCCAAAGUUUCUAGCCAGCCAAAGGCCAAAGAAGAAUCUCCUUCUAAAGCUGGAAUGAACAAAAGGAGGAAAUUAAAGAACAAAAGACGACGUUCAUUACCGCGACCACAUGAUUUCUUCGAUGCACAAACACUGGAUGCGAUAAGACAUCGAGCCAUUUGCUUUAACCUCUCAGCUCAUAUAGAAAGUUUAGGGAAAGGCCACAGUGUUGUUUUUCAUAGUACUGUAAUAGCUAAGAGAAAAGAGGAUUCUGGAAAGAUAAAACUUUUGCUUCAUUGGAUGCCUGAGGACAUUCUGCCAGAUGUCUGGGUGAAUGAAAGUGAACGACAUCAGUUAAAAACUAAAGUAGUUCAUUUAUCAAAGCUACCCAAAGAUACUGCCUUGCUUUUGGACCCAAACAUAUACAGAACAAUGCCGCAGAAGAGGUUGAAGAGAACUCUGAUAAGAAAAGUGUUCAAUUUGUAUUUAAGCAAACAGUGAAGGACAUUUGCAAUCAACUAAAAAUUCGUCUAUCGAAUUAGGGCUGAAAAUUACUGUUACAGAGUGUUGCAGUAUGUAUGGUGGCUCCCUUUUCAGGACUAGGGUUUCCUCAUGGAGUACAGUAUGUUAAUAUUUACCUAUAUAAUUCAUCUGUUAACGGUUUUUGAAAAACCUCUAUUUCAAAUUAUUUGAAUAGUCUUUGUAUUUUCAUUUAACCUAUAUGACUAAUUUUUUCCUGAGGAGAGCAGUUUGGUUUUUGAGUUGUUUUUAUCAAUAUAAGAAAAAUUGUAUUUUUUUUAAAGUAUCUUCAAACUGAAUCUUUUAUGCACCAAAGUUGGUUUUGAAAAGGAAAAUAAAAUCAUUUUCUUGCUUGCUAAAAGCAAGAAGCCAUAUGGAUUUUUGUUUUUUACUUACAGAAAUGGAAAUAUGUGUAACUUGUUAGUAUUGUAUCAGACAAAUGUUGCAUAGAGAUAAUAGAACAUUGCUUGUAAAUAAUUCAGCAGAUUUGUAAUAUAUUUUUAUAUUAUGAAAUGUACUGUAGAUGUUUUUCUAGAGGCAUGAAAGUUAAAUGUAUAUAUUAUGGUAGAAAUAAUAUUGAAGGAUAUUGUAAUUCACUAGUGCUGCCAGAGGAAUUGUUAAUAAAGCACCUUCUUUAACAAUAAAUGUCUUUUGCAGACUUAAGGGACUAUGUACUACUGUUAAUAUCUAUAAGAACAAAACACAUUGAACAUCCUUCCAGAAAGUCUUUGAGGGAGGACCUACACCCAUAAUAGAAUUAUGGCACUCAUUUCUGACAGUGACCGUGAAAUCCAUUAUUUCCUUGCUGUUGGAAGGACAUAUUGUAAAGUUUGUGGUUAUAUGCAGUCAAACUGCAGAAAAUACUCCUGAUUAAGGAGUUUUCACUUUACUACAGUGAUAUAAAAACCAGCAGUUUUUACACUAAAUUUUUUAAAAGAAAGAGUAGACAAAAAUAUAGAAGUAAGCCUUUGGUUCCAAAAUGGGAAAGGUUCCAUGAUACUUAAGUCAUUUCUCAUUUGCUUUAAAAAAUAAAAAAUAAAUAAAAAUUAUGGGAGACUUUAUUAAUUAACAAUAGGGUAAAGAGCUAUAUAUGUGAAAUGAGUCAUAUAAAAGUAAAUGAAGUGCAAAUGAAAAGCACUGCUAUAAGACAUUCUGGAAUGGUUGUUUAAUAAGCGUAUUAUCCAUGCCAUCUGUAGCAAAUGUGAUUUUAUUUUUGAAAAGAAAAGCAGUGUGUUUUCUUACAUUUUUGUUUUCUUUUGCUUAAGCACUUCAUCAGUUGCUUUAUUCUGUAUCUGCGAAGUAAUCUGCGAUCUCCUUUGUUCUUUUUAAGUUUUGAUUUGUUAUAACAUUGCCAAAUAGAAGUGUUUCAGAUAUAUAGUUUGUACCUGUAUUUUUAUUUUAUUGCCUCAUGUUCUUGUAAGUCAUUUUUAAUUGACCGAUGAUUGUAGACCUUGCUUGAGUAUUUUUUCUAAUAAAACAAACAAAUUGCAUUUAGCUUCAAAUUGUAACAAUUCAAUUAAAAUUUAAAAUGACAUCUGAAAAUAUACAGCUAAUUUUCUUUAGGGACACAGAGAAUAAAUUAGUUUUUUCCCAUUGUGUAGAAAUACUUAGGUGUCAAAACCAAAUUUCCUGGUUAUUGAUGACCUGCUGAGUAUGUUAUCAUUCAUGAUUUUUUUUCUGCUUAUCUGACUUGACUUUAAUAGUAUUACUGUCAUACCAAAAAGAAUAAAUACUUAAAAUGUG